CGUUCAAGCUCUGGGCCUAACCUAACCAGAGGAACUAGGUUCCUUCCGCUCCCGAUCGAGGACAGAACCUAUUAUACCUAUCGGAAUAUCGAAGAGCUCGUUGUGACCAGGACAAACAACGAAUCCGACGAUGGGCUACAAACAUCGCGAUAAUGGCCAGUUUAGCCGGGCAGGGUGGAGGAAGAGGCUGCUUCUACCGUGUUGGAUCGCUCAGAUUCUACUCCUGUUGGGCAUGAUGGGGUUAUUCUCCUAUCGGCUCUCCCAUACGGCCAGAACAUGGAAAGAAGAGGAGGAUAAUGGCCACGUCCCUUUGGUGGAGUUCGUGUGGGAAAGCGUGAACGUCGGCUUCUCUUUUAUUUCCCUCGUCGUAACGUUCAUCGCGAUAGCAAGGUUCAUCGCCGAGGUGUUAACGCCACUCCCGUUACUGUUCGGAAAUAUCCUGAACUUGGUGUUAUCCUCCGCCAUCUUGGCGCUAGACAUUGUUGUUUAUGUCCAGCACGCCGACAAACAGUAUUCGCUGAUAGGACUAGUGAUGGACUGUGCCCUCAUAUUUUUCACACUUAUCCCUCUGUUCUAUUCCGUCGUCAUCUAUCGCCGCCUAUUAAGCUAUGAUGACUAUCACAUACCCGGAAACAUCAAGCCGUACGGCUUCGCCUCGGGGGACGAGCCUGAAGACACUACAUACCGAUCGUCAACAUUCGAACCGCCCGUGCCUUACGACCCGACAAAUCCCUCUACGACUGCCGCGGCGACGACCACAACGGAUAACACGCGCCCGCGCUCCCUCUCCGCCGCUAGCCGGCGUUUGUCGUUAAACCUGAACCGCAACGGUGUACCACAACCCUCACCGUCACCACAAUUACGGCCACAGCUGUCAUCUGAGCGGCGUGCGAGUUAUAAUCACGAGCGGGACACACAGUUUGACGAAUACGUGCGGCGGCGGUCGAGCCUUUACACGAGGGAGGACGUGGAGCACGCUAUGGGUGUCGAGUUUGGCUGGCAAGAUGAGGAGCGGGCGCAACGUGAUAGCGUCGUCUCAGCAGGCAUGGUACCCGUAGCGCAAGCACGGCCCCGGGGUGACUCCCUAUCCACGAGGCAGGUGAGCCUCGAGGCGAGUAUCAGCCGGAGCGGCAGUGGUAGUACUACUACCACCACGACUAGUACGGCCACCGUUUCCGCACCUACUCCUUCGACCCUGGAAGCGCCGAACGCGAUGGGGAGGGCACAUAGUCUCAACAGCGUGCCCGAGGCGCGCGAGGAGGAGGACGGCAACGGUAACAGCUCAGAUCGAAAGGCCCUGCUGAGUUACGACGUGGUAACGGUCAAAGGGAGGUCCUCUCGCUCAAGUAGCGGGGGGAGUGUAUCCAGGAUUGAGCACAUAGACGGGCUAGAGGAGAUUGAACUGGAGGGCCAGAAGCGAAAGAGGGGGCCGUGAUUGAUACCCGAUACGAGGCAGUGCAUAUACCAAGUAAGAAGCACGCACGCCAAUAGAAUGUGAUACGAUAAUCAUUGACUACAUUUUUCGUUCUUUAUCUCGCCCCUAUCCAGCUUCGUCGUCGCCGUACAGACACACACAGGGCAGGCGCGUGUAGGAGGGCCACCUAAGAAGCCCCUAUUGAUACGCACCAUGAGGUCUCGACGAGCUAUGCA